CCACUCUUCCCAACCAAGCUCUGCCCAGUAAUGGGACACCAAUCUGACCGUGGACCAGCCCACUCCGACGCCCUCCUCACCGGGAGUUAGGCCAAGUGGGAUUCAGACUGCAGGAAAUCGUGUUAGAGCCACAUCCACUCUCCACAGCAGUCCACGGCGUGAUAAGGGACGGACAAGAGCAAGUGAAAGCCUGGUUGGAGCGACAAAGAUUGACUGGGAAAUCACUAUUAGGCGCGUCGGACGUUAAGACUCGUCUGUCCACGCAGUCGCUGUGGACCAUUUCCAAGCUUUUCUCUUACUUCUUGGCAGCAAGAGUGCUGUUUCCGAGCCACGUUUAUUUCGGAGAGCUAGCGGAAUGUAUUGCUAGCCAGCUAGCUAAGGUUAGCUAGCUAAUUAGCUUGUCAGACAGACAAGAGAGGGACGUGUGGUCUUCACUAAAUUAGGUCACUUAUUCGGCGUCGUUUGACUUGAUGGAAAAAGCCGUGCUCGCUGUGCUGUAUCCAUUAUCCUGACACGGCCAUUAUGUUCUGCCUUCAAUAGUCUAUUCCAGCAAGACGCAAAAUAAUUACCUGAAUUAAUGAGUUACUAGUCACCUCGGUAUUAUUCACCCGAAUCUUUCGUCGACAACAACGCCAAAAGAAGAAGGAAAGGGGGGGGGAAACACAGCCAAAUAUUUAUUUUUUUUUUUUUUAAGUGGAGACUCUCUGCCGUCCAAUGUUAAUGUCGACCGACGUUGCAUCUAUUAUGCUACCCGUUAGUCGGGGGAUAAUGGACCGAGAAAGAGACAUCGAUACGUCCGCGGUGCCGCAUACGAGCGGAGCCGGAGGUCCGGCGGCGGUCCGGGGGAUGAAGCGAGGAGACCCCGAACCCGACGCUCUUGCAGCCGCUGCCCUGACUGACCUGACCGGGGCGGAGUGCAAAAGACCAAGGAUAGAUGGCACCGGGAGUGUUAUUGGCGACAUUGGACAGAACAAUGAGCCCUUAAAUCCUGGUUUCCAUGGAUACACACCUCACAAUCAGGGGUCCCAGGAUUCAACAGGAGCACAGGAUGGUUUGGUGGCUCAACCCUUUGCAGCAUUCCCUCCUCCACCCCCUCCCCAGAAUGGAAUAGCUGGGACAGAAUUUGGCCCCGGGACCAUGUUUGGUGCAGGGGGUCAAGGUACAGCUGAGGUAGGCGCUGGUGCAAAUGGGAACACCACCAGUACCACCAUCAACAACAAUGGUAAGACUGAGGAGUCUUCCCAGGGGGAGGCAGCUGUACAGUGUGGUACUGGAGGGACAGCAGCAGGGGGAUCUGGAGGAGACUCGUCAGAGGCUAAAGGGACCCCCAAACGCCUCCAUGUGUCAAACAUCCCAUUCCGCUUCCGUGACCCUGACCUCAGGCAGAUGUUUGGGCAAUAUGGGAAGAUUCUGGAUGUAGAAAUCAUUUUCAAUGAGAGGGGCUCAAAGGGUUUCGGCUUUGUGACAUUUGAGACCAGCGCAGAUGCAGAGAAAGCCCGCGAAAAGCUCCAUGGCACAUUGGUGGAAGGUCGUAAGAUUGAGGUGAAUAAUGCCACUGCAAGGGUGAUGACUAACAAGAAAAUGGUCAGCCCCUACCCUAAUGGAGAGGCUCUGAGCACACUGCCCUACGCAGGGUGGAAAUUGAGCCCAAUGGUCGGGGCUGUGUAUGGACCAGAGAUCUAUGCAGUCCCAGGGUUCCCCUACCCUUCAGCAGCCGCAGCAGCCACGACAGCUGCCGCAGCAGCUGCGUUCCGUGGCGCUCACCUUCGCGGUCGGGGUCGGCCCGUCUACAGUGCGGUGCGGGCAGCAGUGCCUCAGGCUGCUAUCCCCGCAUACCCUGGACUAGUGUUUCAGGACUCAGUCCUUAGUCCCAGAUUGCCUCAGGGAGGUUACCCUGCUGCCGCCGCCGCGGCCGCCGCCGCUGCUUAUCGCUACACUCAGCCCGCAGCUGUAACCGGAGCAACCGCAGCAGCUGCCGCAUACAGCGACAGUUAUGGGCGUGUUUACACGACGGACCCCUACCACGCUUUAGCCCCUGCUGCUGCUGCCUACGGAGUGGGAGCCAUGGCCAGUUUAUACAGGGCAGGCUACAGUAGGUUUGCUCCGUACUAAAGCCACAAAUUACACCCAAGAAAUACAAAAAAAAGAAAUCUCUCCAGAAGCCUUUUUUAAGCUUUGUUUUGCAGACACGCCCUUCCAUCUUUCUGCUGGUGGACUAGAGUGACACCCCUCCUUUUUUUUUAUUUUUUAAAUGGGCAAUAGCGAUUGUUGCCACGUCAUCGGUGUCCGUCUGACAAGGAUCGAAUUCAAAAUCGCUUGGCACAAUUUCUGACCGUUAACUUUGUAGAAACACUAUUGGAUCUGUAGGAAAGAGGUCGCUCGAUCCUCCAUACAACACUACACGUUUUUUUUUUCCCUCAAAAUCUUUAGUAAAUCCACUCUCAGCCACUCCGAAGGUGUCCUUCAAUGAUCGAGCUGCAGCAAGAACAGCAUCGCUCGUAAAACAGACACUAAAACGUUGUAUUGAAGAAAAGCGAUGACCCCUCCACCUUGGCGCGGUUGCGCAUUCGUCAGGCGCAACGUACACACAGGAGCAUCUGACCCACAGGAACCACUUUGACUCUCCAAGUAACACCAAAACCAAUAAACAGCAUGGCAUAAAACACUCAAUUUUCAGUGGAAUUCCCAUAUCUACUCAACCAGGGGUACAAUAUGUUUAAAAAAAUUACCUCUUUUUUUUUUUUUUUUUUGUUUCUGUCAUAGUGAUUUUGCUGCCAUAUUUUACAUGGCUUCAGUUCUGGUCCAUAUGAAUUUGUUAAGAAAACGAACCAGUUGGAGUGAUUUCACUGAUGAACUAUCAACCCCACAAAGAACCUGCCCUUCUCCAUCCCAUAAAAAAAAGGACUUAUUUUAUUUCGGCAGUGUCAGACUUUGCCGCCAGCAGUUAUGCAGUCAUUGAAGCUGGGAGAUGGAUAAAAAGAAAUAGAAACCCCCCCACCCCCACCCCUCACACACACACACACACACCUUAUGAGAUUUAAGACACAAGACCAGGGCCCAAACAAAUAUGUGCAUUUUGACCUCUAAAUUUCAUUCUUUGUCAUUGCUGCUGGUCUCGUGAAACAAGAAAUUUCAAUUUUUUGUACAUUUCUGGACACAAAAAUUUAUUCGGCAGGAUGUAUUCUCUCUUCGCCCUGGUGUUUUUUUUUGUUUGUUUGUUUGUUUAUUUUAUAUAUGAGAGGUCUGGCCAAUUGUCUGUCCUAUGUAAUCCACCUCAAUAUACUCGCACUAUGUUAUUGUUAUUAUUUGCCUUUUUGGUUCCAAAGAUUUUUGUUGUUGAAAAAAAAAAAAAAAGCACAUUUUAGACUUGAUAUUUUUUUUUUGUGUGUGUGUGUGUGUGAUUGUUUCACCUGUAUUACUUACUACAAUUUUUUUUUUAAUCUGCAUUUAAGUUGUAUUUUUCGAGGUUCAAAAAAUUCAGUGUUGUCCAUAAGACACAUUUCAAAAGUUUGCAGCACUUUUUGGGACCCUGCAAUCAAAACCAGUUGCAGAAUGUUGGUUCACAUGCUGAUACUGUACAUUGACUCCCCCCCUUACAUUCAACCGGUUUUGUUGCACUUCCUGAAAUGAGAGAUAUUUGGAGUCAUGAGGGUCAUUUGGGAGAUGAUCGGGCAUUUGGAAUUGCCAAAACUAGAGGCAAAGGGAUGAGGCUGCGUGGGUAGUGAAAUUAGUGACACCAAGUUAAGAAUAGUCAAACAGGACGCGGUUUAUCUUUUUGGAGGAUGUUUUGUAUGAUUGUGACUCUUGUGAGUAUUUUUGGUGCGCUUUUUUUUUUUUUUUUUUUUUUUUUUUUUUUUUUUUUGGGGUCUUAUUACUCAUGACAAGUAUUACCACAAAUGUUGCUAUGCAUGCUUUCCUAAGAAAGGACAGAUGUCAAAGAACUUUUUUUCCUUUGUGCAUGACUUCAAAUCUUAGCGCUGAAGGUCUUUAUUUUACGGCGCGGCGGGUCGAGGAAACAACUUUCAGGUGUUUCCCGAUCAGAGGUGAGGGAGGAAAGGAAGAAUGAACAGUAUCCGAGCCCAUGGCUGUUUUCAGUCCGCUUUAAUAAUCUGACUGAUCGUGGCCAAAUUCCUCCGAGGUCGUCACGGUAAUCAGCGGUCAUAUCAGAUAUGUUGAAAGUUUAAUUUGGAAUGUCUACCGCACCCUCACCAACUACCCCUCCUGCAGGUUUCCCUUUGUAAUAGGCGAGGCAGGCACGCUGUGGGAAAUUUUAGCCUGUCAGUGGAAAAUAUGGGGCGGGGGGGGCAAGUACCGGUACAUGUUACUUAUAUGAAGUAUCCUGUACGUCUUCUAUACUUUUUUUUUGGGGGGGGGGGGUCUUAUUUAAAAUGUUGGGAUGUGGGGGGAGAUUACAAUUUGAAUGACAGAAGCCAACUUUACACGCAGGUGGUCCUCAACUUUGACCCCUGACUCCCUGCACUCCCCCCACCAAAACUGCUUGUUCGAGCAACGUGAGCAGGGACGAAGGAAAUGAGUGUGAAUUGCAUGUGGCCUCUUUUCUGUAUCACAUGCUGUUUAAAAAAAAAAAUUGCAUUUUGACAAAGUGACUUUUCAUUUCAUGUAUUUCCUCACAAUGUUUUAUUUUGCCAUCCUUGUAUCUUCCUUCUGUUUAUGCUCCAUUAUUAUUGAAUGUAUAUAAUAAACUGUUUGGUUUUUAUA